AGAUCCAGAGUCCCUAUGACGUGUCGCAUAAUCAGCCCACCACGAGUAUCCAACAGAAAUUGGUCCAUGAGAGAAAUAGCUUAUGGCGGGUACAGAGUACUGUCUUAUACUUUUAUAGCAUUUACAUCAUCCCAUUCUUUGAAGUCGGAACCAUUCCCAAACCCAAACCAGAUCUCUCGUCUCCCUCCACAACUUCAUAGAGAGAUGAGUACCGCAAUUUCUUCACCAACCGCAUAUUCUCGUGUUCCAUCCAACAGCCAAAUCGUUAGAAACUCCAAUUCAUCGGUUUCUGCAUCUCUCUGCCUUAAAUUCACAAACAAUCGUCAUGGUAAGGGAGCAGUAGGUAUGUUGUUGCAGAAGAAACUGGUUCUUCCGAGACAUCGUUUUAGGUGCAAUUGUAACAGCAGCACACCUGGUGGCCCUGUUCCUGGUGAAAAUGAAAGUAAACAAGUGUUGGAUGCAUUUUUCUUGGGGAAGGCUCUUGCAGAAGCACUUAAUGAACGUGUGGAAUCUGCUGUGGGUGAGUUGUUGAGUACAGUUGGCCGAUUGCAAGCUGAACAACAAAAGCAAGUACAGGAGUUUCAGGAUGAAGUGGUAGAAAGAGCUAAAAAGGCGAAAGUGAAAGCGGCUCGUGAAGCCAUGGAAGCACAAGGAAUUGUUCCAAAGUCUCCUGCAUCAAGUGUUUCUUCACCAAUUGUAAUCAUUGAUGAAGUGACGAUUUCUCCAUCUUCAUCAAGCUCAGAUUCUAAAGAUGAGGGCCCCAGUAAGGACAGCACGGACCCACUUUUAGGAAUAUCAAUAGAUGAUUAAGAUAAAUCUUGCCACAGGGAUUGAAUGAAUAUGUGUUGUGUGUUGACCAUGGUUGAGCAUAUGGUUACUAGUUUAGGCUGUGGAACAAUUGAUUUGGUAUAUUGAUAAGGGUUGAGUUGAUAUUUAUAGAGAAUCCUCAAUAUUUUAUUUAGGGGUUGUUUUGGAUGUGAAAUAAAAGUGGUUAAUGUAUUUGAAGAAAAACCAGGUGUUGUA